CUCAAUAACAGUCAAUAAAAAAGAAACAUGGAACUCGGAUCAACAGUCAGUGCUGUGAGGAGUACGAGGGUGCUGGAUGGUGACAAAGUACGUCCUGCAGUUGUAGUUAUAAAGGAUGGGAAGAUACAUGAAAUAGUCUCGAGCUGCAGCUUUUCUGAGGAUGUGGCCUGUCAGGUGCUGGAUGUGGGUGACAGCGUGGUGAUGCCAGGCAUUGUAGACUGCCACGUUCACGUGAAUGAACCAGGCCGUACCUCCUGGGAGGGUUUCUGGACCGCCACCAGAGCUGCAGCAGCCGGAGGGGUGACGACGAUUGUGGACAUGCCGCUAAACAGCAUCCCUCCCACCACAACUCUUGGAAAUUUUCACGAGAAGCUGCGGGAGGCAACAGGGAAGUGUUUUGUGGAUGUAGCCUUCUGGGGAGGCGUGGUCCCUGGCAAUCAGCUCCAUCUACGUCCAAUGAUCCAGGCUGGAGUGGCUGGCUUCAAGUGUUUUCUCAUCCAUAGCGGGGUGGAUGAGUUCCCCCAUGUAAAUGACAGCGAUCUACAUACAGCCAUGAAGCAGCUGCAAGGCACAGGAAGCGUCCUGCUGUUUCAUGCAGAGAGGGACGUUUGGGAAGGAAAAGGAGAGACUGGUGACCCUUGCCAGUACUCCACCUUCUUGCGGUCCAGGCCAGACGUCAUGGAAACCGAAGCUAUUCGUGUUGUCACAGAGCUUUGCCUGCAGUACAGGGUUCGCUGCCACAUAGUUCACUUGUCUUCUGCAAAGCCACUGAAACUGAUUGAGGAAGCACGGCAGGCUGGAGCUCCUCUGACUGUGGAGACCACCCAUCACUAUCUCAGCCUGUGUGCAGAAGACAUACCUGCAGGGGCCACGCAAUUUAAGUGCUGCCCACCCAUCAGAGGAUCUGUUAACCGAGAGCAGCUAUGGUCUGCGCUGAAAGCUGGACAGAUUGACAUGGUGGUCUCAGACCACUCCCCCUGCACCACCGACUUGAAGAAACUGGACAGUGGAGACUUCACACAGGCUUGGGGAGGGAUUUCUUCUUUACAGUUUGGCUUGUCUCUGUUCUGGAGUUCAGCCAGUAAACGAGGUUUUCAGCUCCCUGAUGUUGUGAGGCUCCUGAGCCAAAAAACAGCUCAGCUGUGUUGCCUCGACAGCCGGAAGGGCUGCCUUGCCCCCAGUUAUGAUGCCGACUUGGUCGUGUGGGACCCAGAGAGAGAGUUUGAGAUUCAAGAAGAAAACAUACAUCAUAAAAACAAGCUGACUCCUUACCUUGGCCUCAAACUGCAAGGGGCCGUGCGCGCCACCAUCCUGAGGGGACGGCUCGUGUACGAAGAUGGCAGCUUCUGCGCCGAACCUCUGGGGAAGCAUCUCCUCAUCCCUCAGAAGACAAAUCAGGCCCAACUGUGAAGCACAAUGACAAGCUGUCAUAA